UUAUGUCUAUGGUUAGGGACCAAUGAAGUGGCUACCAUGGCGGCGCUAGAACCACACACUAGGUUGAUUGAGGAGUUGUUUAACAGCGGGUUGACACACACUAAAAUUUCCAGCACAUUGCAGCAGAUGGGCAUCAGGAAAUGCUCUAAGAUGAGCGUCAGAAGAGUCUGUGCUAUGCAUGGUCUGAGGAGAAAAGGAUCCGUUUCAGACGCAGAGCUAGACAGCGCUUUGAUUCAGUCUGUAUAUGAGACUGGACCAUCAUAUGGCAGGAAGUUCAUGACCGGCUAUCUGUCUUCACUGGGGCUGCAUGCAGGAGAGGGUCGGGUUGGAAAACGCCUAAGAGAGCUCCAUCAGCCAUACCAUGAAUUCCGACGUCAGGGUGCUCGUAAUUUAAAUCCUACUCCGUACUAUGCUGAAUAUAUGGGCCAUAAACUUCAUUUAGACCAAAAUGAAAAGCUUGGGAUGUUUGGAGUUACACAUGUGUUGGCUGUUGAUGGCUACAGCAGCAAAAUUGUUGCACAUUCAACCAUGCCCAUCAAAAACAACCUUGUGAUUUACGAGGAUGUAUAUAGAUCUGCGGUCGUGAACCAUGGCAUGUGGGACCAAGUUCGGGUUGAUCACGUCAGGGAGUUCAACCUGUGUCUUUACAUGCAGGAGAGACUGUCAAGAUACAGACACAAUCUCAGCAGGCCACCAUACCUCCAAACCACAUCAACAAGGAACCUUCGGGUGGAGAGGUAACUACCCACUUAAACGGGCUCUGGUGCACCUGCUGGACCAAGAGGUUGUGAACAUGGAGGAUAACCUCACCAGAUUCUGCAUCUCAAAUCUGACAUGUCAAGUAAGCCAAAUUGGACUUGACAGAGUUGUGCGUUCAUGGAAUGCACACAAGAUACCA